AUGGGCCAUCGUCAUUCGCGUGCGGAGUCGUCUCAGGUAUCAAGGUCUCGGCCUGGAGCGUCCUUCGACAAUACUUCAAGGUCAGAUUCCAGCAACAAGGCUGAACCAUCUACACCCUCGGUGAAGGUGAAGUUUCCCUUCCGAUGCGAGGAUCGCAGCAAAAUCCCGGAUGAGCUUCUGGAAGGUCCGUUUGAUGAUUUCCAGAUUGCGGAGGAUGUCUAUGCCACGUUCUAUUUGUUGGCAAGAAAUGCUACACCUGAAAUGUACAGCAUAUCUCCGUUUCGAAAUCCAGACGUUCGCAUUGCCUGGCUGUACUUACUUUUUAUCGCCGGGUCGCAGAUCUUUGUCAUCGCGGCCAUCACCGUUCUUUACCCCCCGACAGUCCAGCAAGAAACUGCGUUCGUCAACUGCCAGAACGUGACUGCAGUGGCCGCGUUACGAGUGAGAGGCUUCCUCGAAGCAGCCACAGCAGAGGCAUGUGAGGCUGCCUGGAACGGAAAGUUUGAAGCCGAUGUCCGCGGUCGGACGGUGAUGAUGUCACAAAUCAGCCAUGCCACAGAGUUCUAUCACCUGGUCUUUGCCUCCGGCAACUACGUCAUUCUGAUCUUGCGCUUGGUAUGUUGUACAUGGGUCUUCUCUGAGGUCUACUUGCAGGAGUUCAGCAGCGUGAGGGCGUUGCUCAGAUACCACGACUUCAGCCGCUGGUUUCUGCCGCUGAAGGGCGAGGUGGUUCGAAACUCUUGGGCAAUCUGUGUUCCGAUGAUUCAGUACAUUGUCUUGAUGUGUGUUACCACGGUAUCCUUUCUUGUCAUCUGCGCUUUUGACGAGCCCUUCGACAUUGUAAUGAACUCGUUGGCCUUCACCUUCAUUGCAGAGGUUGGAAGUUUCUUCAACGAGCCACUGGUGAGCCGAAUGGCUGCCACAGCUGUUCAGGGCCUGCCGGCAGAGUACGACGAGAUAAAGUACCUGUACCCCGAGUAUCGUCUUUCGAAUGCGAUUCGGGAGGACGGUACAUACACCGAUCAGGGUUGGUACAUCUGUGAUGACGAGGAGAAGGCUGGACUUCUCAGCGACUAUCGGGUUCGACACAACGAGGAUGCGUACCCACAGCCGCACAAGAGAACAGCAAAGAUUCUGGAGAUCUUGAUCUUCGUGCUGCCACCUUUGUGCGUCUUGGUGGGAGCACUCCACAGCCGGUGCCGGAAAGAGGGUUGCGACCUGACCUCUGUCGGCGGCAAGUCUGAGCUGUGA